CGCAUGCGCAUGCGCACAUCCUGCUCUGGCGGAGAGAUUAUAAAGCAACGGAAUGACUGAUGAUGCUGCUGCUGCGCGGAUCAAAAAUCAAAACCUGAUAUAUCAGCAUGAUAAGUGAAACGUGAUAGAAGGAUAGCAGGAGAAUGAGACUACGGAUUGUAGAUAAACAAUGGCAGCAGGGCCAGCGGAUGGUGAUCUAUGGGGCGGUCUUUCUCAUUACGACCCUCCUCAUCCUCUACAGCUCCAACAGCUCAAACGAACUUUACAUCCCCUUUAAAGUGAACAGCUUCCACCACGCCGUCAAACACACUAACCUUAAGAAAUGGGCUGGGAAGGAGGGAUACGUACCUGUUUAUGGCAACAAGAGUAUGACCCUACACUGUCACCGGUGUGCUUUGGUGACGAGCUCCAGUCACGUGUUGGGGACUCACGCAGGAGAGGAGAUCGACCGCACUGAGUGUGUCAUCCGAAUGAACGAUGCUCCAACAGCUGGAUAUGAAUCAGACGUGGGGAACCGGACCAGUGUGCGCAUCGUGGCUCAUUCCAGUGUGUUCCGGGUCAUUCGGAAACCUGCAGAGUUCCUCAAUCGCUCGGAGAGCCCUGCCGUCAUAUUCUGGGGCCCGUCGUCAAAGAUCGCACGAGAAGCGAAGGGAACCCUGUACCGGCUCAUCCAGCGAGUCAGUAUGACCUACAGUAACCUCUCGUUCUUUAUCAUCUCCCCCAGCAAAAUGCUGAAGUUUGACACGCUCUUUCAGAAAGAGACCGGCCGUGACAGGAAAAAGUCGCAGUCCUGGUUGAGCACUGGCUGGUUCACCAUGGUGAUCGCCAUUGAGAUGUGUGACAACAUAAAGGUGUAUGGAAUGGUGCCGCCCAAUCACUGCGGGAAGCGUCCACAGCCCAAACGGAUGCCCUAUCACUAUUACAAACCAAGGGGUCCGGAUGAGUGUGUAAUGUACCUGCAGAACGAGAGGGGGCGCCGUGGAUCACAUCAUCGCUUCAUAACAGAGAAACAGGUGUUCGCUCGCUGGGCUAAAAAGUACAACAUCACUUACACCAACCCAACGUGGUGAGCAACACAUCCAACAUUGACACCAGUUUCACAAACCAAGGCUAGUUUCAUAUAUCCAGCCUUGUGAGUUGGAUCCAACAUGGCGGCUUAUUGUUGACCCCCCCAAUCCAAAGUGGAUGCAGUUUCACAUGCAUGGCCCAUUUUAAACUGUUGAACAGAAACUGGUCCAAUAUGGCGGCUGGUUUCUCUCUUGUCUGGAUAAGAAACUGAGCCAAUAUGGAGGCCAAGAAUGGAUGAAUGGACCAUUUUGGACAAUGUUUUCCUUUAGAAGUCUUGAGAAAACAGGUUUGAAAAGAUGACAUAUAUCAAAGUCUUAAGAAGCAUGGCAUUUCUAAAAACAUCUACAUAUUACUGCCAUUACAAUUUUUCACCCAUAAUGAAUAAUUUAAUAGAGAAUGGAGGCCUUUUUAGAACGACAAAGAGAGAGAAAAUUAUUUUUGUCAAUUAUUUGCCAUUUUGCCAAAUGGUAGAUGAAUUAACAUAUGAAUGUGUCACUGAGCAGGAGCAGACUUCAGAAAAUAUGAAUGGAAAUUUUAAGAAUUUUACAAUAUUUAUAACUUAUAAUGAAUAUGAUUUAUUUUGUAAAUAAGGACGAUGUAAAUUGUUGUUCAAAAAAGUAUUUUUACAUGUUUAUAUGGUGAUAAAAUGCCCAAAACAAGAAUACAUUGCAAAAUAACACACAUUUAUAAAUCAUUUUAAAUCAUCGUUUUCAGAUAUACAGCUCCUUGUGUACUUUUGGGGUGGCAUGAAAAUGGAUAUUUCCUAACAUUUCAGUGUUGUAUACCUUUGCUCAGACCUUUAUAAAGUCUGAUCAGAUCUCCACUAAAGUUCUAGAACAUUGUAUAAUUCCAUGUAAUUCAAUUCACCAACAAGCCUAAAAACGUACUAUAUUCAUGCCCAUAUGCGUUCAUAACAAUGACAAACAAACUGUGUCGACAAAUGUAUAAGUGUUGAGGCCUUUAGAUAUAUUAUUAUCAUUUUUACCAGACAGUUUUAAUGUUGAUAAGUUUUACAACUUGAAUUCUGUGGCUACAGCUGUUAGCGUGCGCGCGCACACACACACACAAAAAUAAAGAUCCCCCAUUUAGCCUUAACAGACUGUAGGGGCAAGUGCUGUUAGCGAGCACCUAUGAAGGCUGGAACGGUACACGAGGGGGUGGGUGGCCAGCACCACGCCCGACCGCCUUUGUCUCCCCAGUGGCGAUGUCUUACACACCGCACCAGGUACUCAUUUUAGGCUGAGUCGACCUAGGGGAGGCCCGGGACCGGUUCAGAUAAUCGUCACUGGUGUUGGCCAUGAGUGGAAUUUAACUCGGGUUGCCAGGUUCGUAGCGCAGCGCGCUAACCGCUACACCUACUACCGCCCCACCCACCCACCCACCCACACCCACUCUCUUAAAGGAAUAUUCCUGGUUUAAUUAACCUUUAUUUUUGCUCUUUUUUUUCUUAAAGGAGGGACGAGUCAAAAUAAAUAGUUGUGGUAAUCAACAUUAUACCACAAAUGCUGUCAAUUGAGCUUAACUUGUAUUGAACCCAGAAUAUUCCUUUAAAUAUCACGCUAUGGCUUUUUUUGGUGUGUUUUAAUAUAACUAUCGGAAAUGCAGUGCUCUGAUUGGACGACGCUGUUUAUGGAACUGUGCUUUUAUUGGAGAACUCAAGUUGUCGUUGGUAACGGUUCAGGUAGUGGUAGUCAAGGUAACCUCUAUGUUUUGCCUUUGAUUUGAAGACCUUUAUAUCCAGUGGUUGUCCUACUUGAAGAGCUGAUUUGGGAUCAGCAACAGUGUAUGGAUAAACACAACAGAAUCACGUGGGUUACCCACAGUUAUUUUGGUUCCGGGCGGCUCCAUGAUGAUUUUAAUCACCGCUGGACUGUUUUCUGAUCUGUAAAAACUACCAGAACGAGUGAUCCACACUGAGAACAACCACCAUUUUAAAUGUUAGUUGUAGUAAAAAUGAGUUCAGGCAAAACUUGACAUCGUUGCUGUCGUUGUUAACGUAACUUACCUCAUCAACCAACUCUUUAAACUUGGACAGGUGAGAUACUGUCAAAGCACGGUCAUUGCAUCACAUUAUUUACAUGUAUUCAUUUGGCAGACGCUUUUAUCCAAAGCGACUUACAAAAGAGGAAAACACUAUAAGCUAAUCGUCUUCAGGAGAUAAUGGUACGAAAAGUGCUGAAAAGAGCUUCAUGGAUGGAGUUGGGGAGGUCAUUCCACCAACGUGGUACGAUGAAGCCGAAUGUCCGGGAAGGUGUUUUGGUGACUCUUUGUGUUGGUACAACAAGGCGACGUUCCUUAGCCGACCGCAGGCUUCUUGUGGGCGUGUAGCUCUGCAGAAAUGAUUUUAGGUAUGUUGGAGCAGACCCAGUGACUGUUCUGUAUGCCGCAUCAGAGCCUUGAAUUUGAUACGUGCAUCAACCGGCAGCCAGUGGACAAUUUGCAGGGGUCUAAUUGUGCAUGCAGGGAGGCCUGCAAAGAGAGCGUUACAGUAGUCCAGUCUAGAUAUGACAAGAUAUGACAAGGGACUGAACGAGCAGUUGUGUGGCAUGUUCAGAGAGGAAAGGUCUUAUCUUCCUGAUAUUAUAAUGUAAAUCUACAUUAUUGUGCAUUAUCCACUACAGGGCGGCUGUGGCUCAGGUGGUAGAGUGGGUCGGCUGCCAAUCGCAGGGUUGGCAGUUCGAUUCCCGGCCCAUAUGACUCCACAUGCUGAAGUGUCCUUGGGCAAGACACUGAAUCCCAAGUUGCUCCCAAUGUAUGGAAUGUGUGUGUGAAUGGGUGAUUGGGACACAGUGUAUUACAUUUGGUAACCUCUAAGGUUACCAACGCAAGAAAACCUUGUUUACGUAAGAUUUUAAAUGAUCGGGUUAUUCUCUGCUUUCAACGUCAAAACGUAAACAGUCACAAAAAAUUGGGCACAUUGGAUAAACCAACGAGAACGUUGGUAAAGCCGUUUACAUGCAGUCCAAAAUGGGGUGAUGGACCUUAUUCACGCCAGCGCCAUCUUUGAUUUUUAAUGGGAACGAUAAAGUGGCUGUGAGGGAUUGACUUACCAUCUCUACAAUGGGCUGUACUGCAGUUUAAAGUGUUUUUGGAUCGUUCCACGGACAAAACGUUGAUAAAAUAUCGGUCCAAGGACAAAGCACUCCAGACAACAUGAGUUUUGGAGAAUCAAGACGUGAUCUUGGAGCUUUAUACCAUUCGCGCCAUUGUAGAGAUGGUAAGUCAAUCCCUCACAGCCUUGUUGUCACUCCCAAUAAAAAUCAAAGAUGGCGCUAGCGUGAAUAAGGUCUAUGGGCAAAAAUGUACAUGUGCUAAUCAGCGUUUGUUACAGGUCAGUUUUAUUACCUCCCUGAUAAAAACAAAACAAAAAACAUUGAAGGCGCAUAAUAGUUGCUACACUGUGUAAAGCUUAAUAAAGAUUAAAAAUAAAGAAAUUGUCAAAACGGUAAUUGAUCGCAAUUCAGCUAGCUCAUAUGACAGCAUUUGUGGCAAUGUUGAUUACCACAAAAAUUAUUUCAUCUUGUCCCAAAAAAUUAAAUCAAUAAACUGGGUUACAUUGAGGUGCUUAUAAUGGAAGUGAAUGGGGCCAAUCUUUAAACGUUACACCUUGUCUAUACCGGCGACGCCCAUUGACGCAAGGCAAGGCAACGGCUUGAGGCUUUCUACAUUGGACGCAUCAACCGUUUAAUUUGUGUAGUAGCACCAGCAGCGCAAAAUGGAACGGAUCACCAUUUAUUGUCGCCACAAGGGUCGCCGCGUCCAGUGUAGACAGCAUCAUUGAUUAUAAUGGGGUUCCAUUACUUUUGACGCGGUGCACCACUCGGGUCCAGUGUAGACAGGUUCCAAGCCACAAUCCGUAAACAAUAUGUGUGUUAAAAUGAUUUUA